UGUUGACAUUCUCCUCGAGACUAUCGUUUCGUACGUACCACGUUUCGGGAUUGUGUAGUAUACAGACAAAUAAUACACAGAGAAAUUUAAAUUUCCAAUUAAGGAAACAGACAAAGGAGCCCAACGUUACUCUCUUUUGGUGUAAAUUUUUUGUAUUUAGUUGGUUAAUUAAUCGAGGAUUUUUUGAUUCAUAUGAUUCCUGCUUUUGAUGAGGACGAGGAGGAGGAGAAGGGAAAUUGAAUUGGUGAAUUUUGUGAUUAUCGGUGAUCGGGACAUUUGAUAAUUGGAUUUCGGCACGCGAAUCGCAGUUUGGACGGUGGGGUUUCUGCAGUUUCUCCACCUACCUUUCACGGGUUUGUGUUCUUUCUUCCAAUGUUCUUAUUCUUGUUGACGACGACCAUGAUUUUUUGACUUUUCGAGGUAACAUUCUCUCUUUAUCGGAAUUCUGCUGGCAUUCCUCGUCGGUUAUUUCUUGGGUUAGGAUGUAUGAAUUAUGUGGGAAUAAGGAUUAAUGUUGGUGUCGCUUUCUGGAUAUUGAUUAUCAGAGAGGAGCUGUUUUGAUCUCAUUUGAAGUUAUUUGAGGAGUUCUUUUAUGCUUUUUCAGCUUUUGAGUAUUUUAGAUAUAGGUCUUUCUUCCCCCUUUCUUGUUAGGAUUGACGAAUUGGCUUUUUGGCGUCUUCUAGUGGAUGCCAUACUCCUUGUUGUUUAUUGGAUUAGUUUGAAUUUUGAAUGGAUUGGAGGUUUAUCAGAGGUGUCAUUUUAACUUAACAACAAUUCAGUCUUUUUUGAUUUAGGUGGAGUUGCGGGCUACUAAAUGCUGUGAAAGAUUGCUGAUAGAGUGAUAGGUAUUCGGGUGAUUAGGGGAUUGGCCGAUUGGGUUAUAUGUGAAAGAAUAUGUUGGUGCUAUUUGAGGUUGAGUUUAUGGCAGUUAGGGGGUUCUAUUACUUCAUUUAGGCAGCUAUUAUAUUGAGUGUCAAGUGAGCACAUCAUAAUGAUUGGGACAAUAGAAUUGUCUCUUUAUGGAUGCACCCAAUAUGUCACUCUCUGAGCUGGUUGACUUAGUGAAAUCGUGGUUGCCCUGGAAGUCUGAGCCGACUAACGUGUCGAGGGUUUUCUGGAUGCCUGAUCAUAGCUGUGCGGUUUGCUAUGAUUGUGAUUCCCAGUUCACCUUACUCAAUCGUAGACACCAUUGUCGACUUUGUGGCCGAAUUUUCUGUUCCAAAUGUACAUCUAACUCAGUUUCCACUCCGUCGACUGACCCAAGGCCGGCCUGGGACAACCUAGAGAAAAUUCGGGUGUGUAAUUAUUGUUUCAGGCAAUGGGAAAAUGGCAUAACGACUUCUGAUAAUGGAGUCCAGGUUUUUAACCAGGAUCUUACUGCUUCACCAUCAGCUGCAAGUUUGGCGAGCACAAAAUCUAGCAGCACUGCUAACCGCUCCUACUUUACUGUUGCCUCGGUGCCAUGCUCACUUGAGUCUUGUCAACAAGGUCAACAGUGUUCUAGUCUUACCCCAUAUCAAUCAUUACCGUUGGAGACAAGCUCAGACAGGCAAUCUGAGGUAAAAGCAGGAAUGAGCACUGACUUUGUUGCAGACAUGGAGGAUCCAUCUCUUGCACAAUAUGGAUUUUCUAUACACAGGAGUGAUGUUGAGGAUGAUGACUAUGGUUCUUAUCAUUACGAUUCUGAAACAAGGAAUUUGCCCCAAGUCAAGGGCUACUAUGAUCAAGUUGAUUUUGAUGAGAUGAGCAAUCAUGAUGGGUUACACAAACUGCAGAUCAACGGAGAAUAUGUGGACACAAAAAGUUCAAGCGGUUUUCCAUUGCACAACAGUUUUGACUCGCUUGGUGUGAAAGAAAGACCUCAACUUGGCAAAAAAGAUGAGUGUGAGAAUUGUGAUGAAGCUGAGGUACCUUCCUCUUUAUGCGAUGGGGAGAAUGUCAAUACCGAACCUGUGGAUUUUGAGAAUAGUGGUCCUCUAUGGCUCCCCCCUGAACCAGCAGAUGAAGAGGAUGAGAGGGAAGCCAACACGUUUGAUGAUGACGAUGAUAUUGAGGGGAAUGCUGCAGGAGAGUGGGGUUAUUCACGUACCCCAACCCCAAGUAGUUUUGGAAGUGGAGAAUAUCAUAUUAAGGAUCAGUCAAUUGAGGAGCACAAGAAGGCCAUGAAGACGGUGGUUGAUGGCCAUUUUAGGGCUUUGGUGGCACAGCUAUUACAGGUAGAGAACCUUCCAGUGGACAAUGAUGAUGAGAAACAGAGCUGGUUAGAGAUUAUCACAUUGCUUUCAUGGGAGGCUGCGACACUAUUAAAGCCAGAUAUGAGCAAAGGUGGAGGAAUGGAUCCAGGUGGAUAUGUGAAAGUAAAAUGCAUAGCUUCUGGACAACGUUGUGAGAGUAUGAUUGUGAAAGGAGUUGUUUGUAAGAAAAAUGUGGCCCAUCGGCGGAUGACAUCAAAAAUAGAGAAGCCUCGCUUGCUGAUCCUUGGAGGAGCACUCGAGUAUCAACGGGUUUCUAACCUUCUAUCAAGUUUUGAUACUUUGUUGCAGCAGGAAAUGGACCAUUUGAAAAUGGCCGUUGCAAAAAUACACGCACACCGCCCUGAUGUCCUUCUGGUUGAGAAAUCAGUUUCUCGGUAUGCGCAGGAGUACCUUCUUGAGAAAGACAUAUCUCUUGUUCUUAAUAUCAAGAGGACACUCUUAGAGCGUAUAGCCCGCUGCACUGGUGCUCAGAUAGUCCCUUCAAUUGAUCAUCUCUCUUCCCAAAAGUUGGGCUACUGUGAGAAGUUUCAUGUGGAGAAGUUUCUGGAAGAUCUUGGUACUUCCGGGAAAGGAGGAAAAAAAUCAAUGAAGACAUUAAUGUAUUUUGAAGGAUGCCCAAAGCCAUUGGGUUGCACUAUUUUUCUCAGAGGUGCUAGCAGUGAUGAACUAAAGAAAGUAAAGCAUGUGGUCCAAUAUGGAGUUUUUGCAGCAUAUCACUUGGCAUUGGAGACAUCUUUUCUUGCCGAUGAAGGAGCUUCUCUACCAGAACUCCCAAUGAACUCCCUAAUAAUAAUGGGACUCCCAAAUAAAUUAUCAAGCAUCGAGAGGUCAAUAUCAACAGUAACUGGUUUCAGUUUCACUGCUGAUGGAAACACUCACGAACCUCAACCUAGUGACAAACCACAAAGAUCCCAUAGUGUCCCUAGUUCAUGUCUGGCCCCAUCAGUAAGCAGUGAUUCUGUUCACAAAGUGAAUAUAAAAUUCCCAGCUUCUUUCUCUGCUACUGGAGAGAGUGUUAUCUCAGAUUCUCAAUGUAACGAGCUUGUGCCAUCCCAUACACUUGAGAAAGAUGAAAUGCAUUCUGGAGAAUAUCUUCUGGCCGAUACUUUUUCAGCAAACAAUGGUCCGGCUGUCCUGGUUGAUGACACUGUUAAUGUUCUUGGGCCUUUACAAACAUGUGGACAAGGUGGUCUAGCAGAUGGUUCAGAGAAAUAUCACUACACCAUGGAUACGACUCAGGUUACCAAUUCAGAUAUAUCCUCCAAACAACACACUGGUAAAUAUCAUCUUGAGGAGCCACCUCUGAAAGAAGAGUUUCCUCCAUCUCCUUCUGAUCAUCAGAGCAUUCUGGUCUCCUUAUCGUCUCGGUGUGUAUGGACUGGGACAGUUUGUGAAAGAUCCCAUCUCUCUCGAAUCAAAUACUACGGAAGCUUUGACAAGCCUCUGGGUCGGUUUUUACGGGAUCAUUUGUUUGAUCAAAGUUACCAUUGCGGUUCAUGCGAGAUGCCAUCAGAAGCACAUGUUCAUUGUUAUACUCAUCAUCAAGGCACCCUCACCAUAUCUGUUAAACGGGUAUCAGAAAUACUCUUGCCUGGUGAGAGGGAAGGAAAGAUCUGGAUGUGGCACAGAUGUCUGAGAUGCCCCCGGACCAAUGGUUUUCCUCCUGCAACUCGGCGAGUAGCAAUGUCAGAUGCUGCGUGGGGUUUAUCUUUUGGAAAAUUUUUGGAGCUUAGUUUUUCAAACCAUGCAGCUGCAAGUAGGGUGGCAAGUUGUGGCCAUUCUUUACAUAGAGACUGCCUUCGUUUCUAUGGAUUUGGUGAAAUGGUUGCUUGCUUUCGCUAUGCAUCAAUUGAUGUUCUCUCCGUCUACCUUCCACCUUCAAAACUAGACUUUGACUUUGAGAACCAGGAAUGGAUUCAAAAGGAGGCAGAUGAGGUUGUUAACCAGGCAGAGCUUCUGUUUUCCGAAGUACUUAAUACUCUUCGGCAAAUUGUGGAGAACAGAGCUGGCAUGUGGCCACUUUACAGCAGCAUGAGAACAUCUGAAUUAAAACGCGUGACUGAAGAAAUGGAAGCAUUGCUACAAAUGGAAAAGCAAGACUUCGAGGUAUCACUGGGGAAAACCUUGAAAAGGCGAGUGGAGAAGGGCCACCCUGUUAUUGAUAUUCUCGAAAUUAAUCGUCUGCGUAGGCAAUUACUCUUUCAAUCUUUUAUGUGGGACCACCGGUUGACCUAUGCAGCCAGUUCAGUUAACAACACCUUGCAGGAUGGAUUGGGUGACUCAGUUUCGUCAUCUGACAAGAAACUCAUUCCUAAUACUGAGAAGCUCACUGAGAUGAACGAGGCCACCAGGCCUGUAAAUGGCUUUAGCAGUUGUGACUCGCUUCUUGUGGAUGUUAAACUUGGCAAAAGCCCUGAACUGGAAGAAGGAUUUGGUAGCAAUGUCAACUUGUCUGGCUUGAUUAAUCAAGAAGCAGACAUGGAUGGAAUGGAAGAUUAUGCUAAUCUUUCUGCUAGCUUGUACAUUGGCGAUCAAGCUGACGAUGCCAAAUCCAAAACUGUACAUAGGACUCUCUCUGAAGGAAAGGUACCUGUAAUGGAGAAUAUAUCACAAACCCUUGAUGCUGCAUGGACAGGGGAGGCUCACCCAGGCAUCACAAUGUUGACGGAUACUGCAGUAUGGGCACCCGAUUCAAUGUUGGCAGAUUCUUCAACUGAAGCUGUUGCUGUAGAGGAAAUAGAUGCAGAGUGCCAUACUGAAGACCAACGUUCUUCUCAGGUUAGCCGUCCUCUUUCACCUAUACUGGCCAUCAAAAGCCCUGAUGAUGUGGAAGACUCUGUAAACUGGCUAAGGAUGCCCUUCAUGAACUUUUACCGGUCGUUAAAUAAGAAUUAUCUCCGGAAUGCUCAGAAUCUUGACAAUAUGGAGUGUAGCCCUCUCUACAUUUCAUGCUUUUCGAAGUUGGAACUCCGCAAUGGGGCUAGGUUGCUUCUGCCUAUGAGUAUUAAUGACACUAUAAUUCCGGUGUAUGAUGAUGAACCCACUAGUAUAAUAAGUUACGCUCUUCUGUCACCAGAGUAUUAUGAACAACAAACUGAUGAGGGGAAAAACAUUAAAGAUGACGGAGAUUCUACAUCAUCCUUAAUUUCUCCCGAUCCAAUGAACCUUCAGAAUUCCCAUUUAGGUGAUGAAACAAUGAGUGAAUCACAUAGAAGUCAUGCUUCUGCAGAUGACAGCAAUCCAUCCUUGUUUAGAUCUCGUAGCUCCAUGAUAUUGGAUCCACUCUCUUAUACGAAGGCUCUGCAUGUCAAAGUUUCAUUUGAAGAUGAUGGGCCCCUCGGUAAAGUGAAAUACACCGUGACUUGUUACUAUGCGAAGCGGUUUGAAGCCUUAAGAAGGAUGUGUUGCCCAUCUGAGCUUGAUUUUAUUAGGUCUCUUAGUCGCUGUAAGAAAUGGAAAGCUCAAGGUGGCAAGAGCAAUGUCUUUUUUGCCAAGACCUUGGAUGACAGGUUUAUCAUCAAGCAAGUCACUAAGACAGAGCUGGAAUCAUUUAUACAAUUUGGUCCUGAAUAUUUCAAGUACCUUUCUGAAUCAAUUGGCACGAGAAGUCCCACAUGUCUGGCAAAGAUUUUAGGGAUAUAUCAGGUUAAUUCAAAGCAUCUUAAAGGAGGGAAAGAAUCGAAGAUGGAUGUUCUGGUCAUUGAGAAUCUUCUGUAUAGAAGGAAUGUGACACGCCUUUAUGAUCUUAAAGGAUCUUCCAGAUCACGGUAUAAUCCAGAUUCUAGUGGGAGCAACAAAGUUCUACUUGAUCAGAACUUAAUAGAAGCAAUGUCAACAUCACCCAUUUUUGUGGGGAACAAGGCAAAGCGAUUGUUGGAGAGAGCUGUUUGGAAUGAUACUUCUUUCCUUGCUUCAGUUGAUGUAAUGGAUUACUCAUUAUUGGUUGGGGUGGAUGAAGAAAAGCAUGAGUUGGUUCUUGGGAUCAUAGAUUUUAUGAGGGAGUAUACAUGGGACAAGCACCUUGAAACGUGGGUGAAGACUUCAGGCAUUCUUGGUGGGCCGAAGAACUCGUCGCCAACUGUCAUAUCUCCCAAGCAAUACAAGAAAAGGUUCCGAAAAGCAAUGACUGCAUAUUUCCUGAUGGUCCCAGAUCAAUGGUCUCCUCCUAUUGCUCCAAGUAAAUCAUGCACUGAUAUAUCUGAAGAGAGCACUCAAGGUGGGACUUCAGUUCAAUGACAUUGAGUCUCUUUACAUCGCCAUUUGAUAGCAUACCUCUGAAAUGCACUAGCUUGUGAAUUUUUCCUCAGCCUACAUUGUUUUCUCUCUUCUUCAUUUCAUUUAUUAUGUAUAGCAGUUCUGUUCUAAUUUUUGUAAGACACUAGGAAAUUUUUAUUGUUAGGAUAUGCAAAACAAGGCUAUUUUAAGCCACAGAAGUUUCUGUCAGGGGUUUAGUAUUGGAUUAGCCCUUCAUGACAUCUUUGUUCAUGCAAUUAAGCAUUGCAAGGUGCAUAUGUAUUUUCAUGUGUAUAUAUAUACAUAUAUAUAUUUUUUGUUUGAUUUAACACCA